AAAACUACAAAUGUCCUAAUUCACUGGCAAAUCAGAAAAACUAAUAAAUAAUACAAAUAUAAAUAAAACCUCCCAACAAGUGAAACACAGAUUACACAAAUGUAAAUAUGGCCUGUGAGUGACAGUUGUUGUACACUCUUUUGUGUGUCUAAAAUCAUCACGCGCAUUGUGUUCACGUUUAUUCAUUAAACUUCGGAUCAAUUUUCUCAGAGCGUCCCACUGUCUGUCAAAGGUGGAACUAACUUCAGUGAUGGCGGACAGUCGUACCGGUAGAUGGCGCUCUAACCCUCUAACCUUGUGAUUCUUUCUACAGACGCUCUUUACUGUGAAGUCAUUGUUCGUCGUCAUGGUAACCUGAAGCGUCACCCCCAGCUGUUACCAGUCUUCCUCUAUUUUUCUUACAACGAGUUUAAACUGAUCAAUGACGCGGUUUGUUGACAAGCUUUUUUUUCUUUUUGUAAUUAAAGCAAGUUUAAGAAUAUGACGUAAAGAAGUCAGACUUCUCAUAUUGGCCUUACAUUGACUUGAGAUCCUUUUGGCGCAAAGGAUGCAUAAAGGAUGAGUUUGAAUGAUUCAAAGAUUCGUCCAGGAAAACAUUUCCCGUGUUCUGGAGUCUUUCUGGAUCUUUGCUUUUGUUUUUAUAUUUCCUGUUUAUUUACCAUGAGGCCAUAGUUCAUUCAUUAUUCUGUGCAAUCUGUAAUUACACGUUUCAUCAGGUUUGUGUAGACAAACUUGAGAUAUUUACAGACAACAUUUCUAGUUGGGCUUUUCCCUGUCUGUGGUUUCAUCACAGCCGAGCAGGACACGCAGCUCUAAUCCCUCCAUGACCUCCCUGCGUCGAGAGGGCGAGAGAAUGAGCUGGAACAAGGGAGUGGAGGAGACUUAAGGAGCUCCAGCGGGUAGGACUGGUUUCAUCGGAGUCAUGGGGGAGCAGAGGACCACGUUCCCGGUGCUUCGUUUGAACCUGGACAACUUCGACCUGGCGGAGGCGGAGAGGAGCCGCUACGUCUUGACCAGCCCCCGCUCUCUGCAGUCCUGUUCGCGGCUCGGCAUCAAACCCGUGGAACUUCUGAUCAAAUCACUGAACGAGCUGAUCGCUGAACAGAGGGACGUUCCCCUGGAGGCGGUGCGAGUUAUGCACGAAUCCUACGAAAGGGAGAGAACGAAGCUUCUGCAAAUGUGCCGAGAGGAGCGGGAGAGGAUUAUCCAGGGGAGAGCAGGGGACAGGUGGCCUGGCUUGGAGGAGGCGCCCGUCGCCAAAGUGAAAGAUCAGUCAACACAGAGACACUCCAUCCCGUAUGCAGACCUGUGCCUUAAAGGGAAACCAGCCAGCAGGUCCUCCGGUUCUGCUGCUGGUCCCAGAGACCUGGACAGGAGCACAGUCUGCAGCUACAGGCUGGGAGACCUCAGGCAUUCCCCAUCUACCGAGAGGAAACUGGAGAGGCUCACAGAGGACAUCAGGAGGGAGAUGUGUGUCACAGUGUCAGAGAGAGACCGCAAGAUAGCUGCUCUCAUGCUGGUGAAGCACGAGGAGGAGAAGGCUCGCCUGGAGCACUGUCAGCAGGAGAAGCAGCAGAGAGAGGAGGCCCAAAGGCAGAUGGAGGCUCAGCGGGCUCAGGUGGAGAAGACGAGGAGGAGGCAACUGAGGCAGAGUGUGCAACACUGGCAUGAGGAUCUGGAGGCCCGAAGGAGGGUAAGGGAGCGUCAAGAGAAAGAGAAAGUAGAACAUCUGAAGCUGGAGGCACUUCUGCAGGAGGACCGCUGGAGGAGGCUGAAGGAGGAGGUGGAGACCCAACGUAGAGAAAAGAUGGAGGCUGCACAGAAAGAGGCGAAGGGACGCAAACACUACCAGGAGAAGCUGCUGAGGGAGAAUCGAGAGAAGGAGAAGAGGGAGCAGGAGAAGGAGAGACAGGUGGCAGUCGAGAAGGAGCAGAAGGCCAGAAGGAGCAGAGAGCUGCAGGAGAAGAAAGAAAGAAAGAGGCUGCAGGAGGAAAACCACAAGGAGCUCCUUCGCCACAUCCUUCUGAAACAGGAGAUAGAACAGCGUGUGGGGGAAGAGGAGGCCCAGAUGAGGAGCACCCUGGAGAAGAAGCUGCAUAAAUCCUGUGAGAAACGUACCCAGGCCGUGGAGGCCCGGCUGAAGGAGCUGCAGGGGCGAGCAGCCCGGGAGGAGGAGCAGGUUCAGAGGGCGCAGCUGAGGUCCAAGCUGCAGAGCGCCCAGCAUCUCACGCACAAGCAGAUCCUGGUCCAGCUGAACCAGCGCCGCAUGGAGCGGGCCGCCCGGUACACCUCAGCCCAACAAAGGGACAGAGCACAGCAGACACAGCAGCGCAACAAACACAAGCAGCUCUGCCAUCAGAGGCUGUGGGAGAGGCUGCAGAGAGAAGAGGAGGCGAUGAGGAGGCUCAAGGAGAGCUAUAUCUGCAUGAAGGAGUGGAGGAGAGAGAGGCUGCGGACACAACGAGAGCAAAUACAGGAGGAGGCCAAGACGCUGGCUCGGGCCUCCUUUCACUUGAUGGACAGGGCGAGGCAGUUGACACACAGACGGACCUUUGACCAGAUGGCUCUGCAGGCUGAGCUGACGGCCUCCAUAAGCCACAUGAAACUAUGAGUGACUGUCGAUGAAUGUGUUGUUACCGGGCUGCAGCUGAAGCUUUAAUGUUGGGGCCCCCAGCUACACAGAGGGCCCUUGGACACACCAUGGAUCCUUAUCAUGUUAGAAUUGUUCUCAAUGGGCUCAAUGUAGCUCAACAAGGGACGUGAAGAAUUGUAUUUGUGUAACGACACACAAAGUGACAGUGUGGUUAGAUGUUCAACAUAAAAGAUGGUGCCAUAUAUUGUUUUUUAAUGUAUUAAGGCAAACAUGAACCUGGAGUUAUAGGUCUGACCAUGUGGUGACCUCCCAUCAGGAAGAUCCAAAAGUGCAGAAUGGUAUUGAGAGAUCCAGCAGGACACAGUUUAGUUUUACACAUAUUCCUGCCUGUGGAGAGUUGAGAAGUGGGGUUAAACUGCCUCUGGUGGUACAUGAAGGAGUUGGCAUCAGUGUUUUGAAUUUGCUAUAAGCAGCCAAUUACAGCCAGUGGAGCACAGAGAAGACAGGAGUGGUUUCAGGGACAAUGUUUGGAGGUUGAAGAUGAGCCAGAAGUUGCAGCGUUGACCUCUGGGUAAUGUUCAGCUCACCACUGUGUCUGACCACCACUGUGUCUCUAGAGAAAAAUUUGUUAUAUACAUUUAUGUGAAUUAAGCAGAUUAACAUUAACCUUAAUUACAGGAAUUGAAGCAGAACCAAAGAAAUAUAUAUAUAUGUAGAAUAAAAACAGCUGAGUGAAGUGAUGACGUAUUGGACAGUGUUUUUGUAUGUUUCACUCCUUCUCUUGACUUUAUUGUAUCUGGAUAUGUUUUAUUAGAAUUGUAUUAUUAAAUUAAAAGCAAAAUGUCUUAUUCAGUUUAUUGUGUUUAAC